ACCCUGGAUGAGAGUGACUGGACCGGUAGCUUCUACCCGUCUCCCCUGUCAGGCCUGGGCGACAACAGCUUCACAGAAGACCUCAACCUCAGCACGGUCAUGCUCAAAGAGGAGGACCCUGGAGAGGCGGCGUCGGUGAGCCUGUUCCCAGACUUCCUGCAGUCCUUCCUGAAGCACGCCUCCACCGCCGUCUUCGAACUCCUGGAGGACUACGAGGCCAUAUGCCUAGACAAGGUGUCCACUCUGCAGAAGCUGGUGUUGCGUUCGGCCACCGGUCAGCAGAAGAGCUCCAAGACGGCCGGCAUAUACUGGCUACUGCAGCAGGAGAUGGUCACAUGGAGACUGGUCACAUCCCUCUACAGGGAUCGCGUCCAGGCAGCUGUGGAGGAAGACAUCAUGAUGGAUGUAGCUAAUCCCAGUGCAAGCGAGAAGCUCAUCAUGGAGCAGCUCUUCCAGAAGGAUGAAGUGGUGCGGCAGAGUCAGCUGGUUGUUGAUUGGCUGGAGAGUAUAGCCAGGGAUGAGUUGGGAGACUUCUCGGACAACAUCGAGUUCUACGCCAAGUCUGUCUGCUGGGAGAACACCCUCCAUGCCCUGAAGCAGCGCCAGUCCUCGGGCCCGGUGGGCUUCAUGCGUCCCCUGGUGACGGAGCUGGACCCAGACGCCCCCAUACGCCAGAAGCGCCCCCUGGUGGACCUGGAUCGCGAGGACGACGCCAGACUCCUCAAGAACCUCUUCGCACUGGUGCGCGCCGGCAUGACCGACGAGGCUCAGAGGCUGUGUAAGCGCUGUGGUCAGUCCUGGAGAGCAGCCACACUGGAGGGCUGGAAGCUCUACCAUGACCCCAACAUCUUGGAGAAUGGAUCAGAGGUUCUGCCUGUGGAGGGGAACCCUCACCGCUGCAUAUGGAAGGCCUGCUGCUGGAGAAUGGCAGAGGAGGACCAGUUCAACCGCCACGAGAGAGCCAUCUACGCAGCACUGAGCGGCAACCUCAGACAGCUGCUGCCGGUGUGUGAGUCGUGGGAGGACACUCUGUGGGCUCAUUUCCGCGUGAUGGUGGACACGCUGGUGGAGCAGGAGAUCAGGUCAUCAGGCAUGAGCACAGAGGCCCUGGAGGAGCUGCCCAGAGAAUACCUGGAGGCCAACUGGACCAUGGAGAAGGUGUUUGAGGAAUUGCAGACCACAGAGUCCAAGAGGGUUGUGGAGGAGAGUAAGCAGCACUACCACAUCAUCCAGAAAUACAUUAUUCUCGGAGACCUCGACGGUCUGCUGGAGGAGUUCAGUGAUUGGAUGAGCAACGUUCCGUCUCUGCCGUCCCACCUGUUGCGCUUCAUGAGUCACCUGGUGCUGUUCUACCGCAGCCUGGGCAUGCAGCUCAAGGAGGAGAUCUCGGUGGAGGUCCUGAAGGGCUACAUUGCUCUCCUGGUGAAGGGCAAGCAGACGGACCUGAUCGCGUUCUACGUCAGCCACUUGCCCCCGGACGUGGCCGUCGGCCAGUACGCCACCUUCCUGGAGUCCGUCACGGAGACCGAGCAGCGCCGACGCUGCCUGGAGCUGGGCCGCGAAGCCGGCCUGGAUGUUGCCACGAUAACCAAGACGGUGGUGGAGACGGUGCGGGAACGAGACAGCCAGGAGUUUGCUCACCAUGACGUCACGUUGGACACGGCAACCACCGCUGAGGACCGCCAGAAGAUCGACGUGAUUGAUUGGCUGGUGUUCGACCCAGCACAGCGGGCGGAGGCCCUGAAACAGACCAACGCCAUCAUGAGGAAGUUCCUGGCCUCCAAGAAGCAUGAGGCUGCCAAGGAGGUGUUUGCCAAGGUGCCCGCCGACUCCAUGAAGGAGAUCUGCCGGCUGUGUGAGGAGCAGGGCAUGGGCACACGCCUGCCUGCCGAGGACGAGAACGCCAUACGAGAACACCUCUGCAUCCGCGCAUACCUGGAAGCCCAUGAGAAGUUUAACGAGUGGUUCAAGCACAUGAACGCUCCACCGGUGAAGCCCACUCUAGCGGCCCAGGCCAAGUUCACAGAGAAGGUGGCCUUCGAGAUGAAGGAGAAAGACUACCAGAUGGAUCUUGAGCGCUGGCAGGGGGGUCUGGACGCCCUGACUGAGGACGUGAAGGAGCGCAUCUAUAACGUGCUGCUGUUUGUGGACGGGGGCUGGAUGGUCGACGUCCGAGAGGAUGCUGAGGAGGAGCCAGAGCGCGUGCACCAGAUGUGUGUGUUGCGGCGCCUGUGUCUGCCCAUGAUGGCGUUCCUGCUGCAGACGGUCCUGCAGAGGAGCAACAGGCACCAGGAGCACCUACGGCUGGCUGACAUCAUCGCCUCAGAACAACACAGACUAUACGAGGUGUUCUCCAAGGAUGAGCUGCACAACUUUCUGCAGAGGCUGCGAGAGUCCUCUCUCCUGCUCUUGGACAAAGGCCUGGAUCCUCUGGGCUACGAGAUCCAGCAGUGACCCACUUUCUCCCCUUUCUAUUUGUCUCUUUGCUCAGUUUUCAAUCUUGUUUUACAAACUUGUGAUCUUUUGGCGUGUUUUGUAAUAAAUAAAGGCUUUUGAUGUACAA